AUGGCGACCAACGCGACUCACAAUGACUUCCACAACGACGCCAACCUUACCUCAGCCAACGGUGGGAAUCCGGACACCACGGCCCAAGAUUUCGAAAAGGCCACUCGGGGCAUGAGCCACGAGGAAAAGCAUACGGCUCAGCAAGCCGCUCGUUUCGGCUAUGGUCCUCUGGCGCAUAUGCGAACAAACAAUGAAGCCACUCUUCCAGCCUUCGGUGGUGAGUUCCAGCCUGGUCUGUACCGAUCGGUCGAAGGGCGCAAAUUCGCCAACCCGGCGCCUCUUGGUCUGUCGGCCUUUGCCUUGACCACGUUCGUGCUCAGCUUGAUCAACUUGGGAACUCGAGGCGUCUCGGUGCCCAACAUCAUUAUCUCAUUGGCUUUUGGAUAUGGUGGUCUGGUCCAGCUAUUGGCCGGCAUGUGGGAAAUGGCCAUUGGCAACACUUUCGGUGCCACCGCGCUGUCCUCGUACGGCGGGUUCUGGAUUUCCUUUGCCAUCAUCCUGACCCCAGGCGGCUUCGCCAUUGAAAGCACCAUUGAGGCAGCAGAGGGCGGCAAAGCUCUCUUGGACUGUCUAGGCUUCUACUUGAUGGGCUGGUUCAUCUUCACCACGAUCCUUCUUUUCUGCACCCUGAAAUCCACCGUCGCGUUCUUCAUGCUCUUCUUCACCCUCGAUCUCGCCUUCCUCAUGCUCGGCAUUGCCUAUCUCCAGCCCGAGAACGGCGCUCCUCGCACCAGCUGCCUGCGUGCCGGCGGUGCCUUUGGCAUCAUUGCCGCCUUUUUGGCCUGGUACAACGCCCUGGCCGGUAUUGCCGACACAUCCAACAGUUUCUUCAUCAUCCCCGUCGCCCACUUCCCGUGGUCGGAGAAGGGUCGUGCCAACCGAUCCGCCAAUGCCAAGACGGAGCAUACGGCAUAA